AAGCAAAAUUAGGGAAGAUUCCGAGCUGGUAGAAUGACACGAUCUCUCUCCAGACUUAAAUCUAAAAUAUUUUUUCUUCUUUUGUUUAUAUAGAGAAAAAAAAAUUGUUCAGGAAAGGGCGUUUAUGUCAUUUGAUACUGUUGCCAGUUUCGUAUAAACCAAACCUAGCUCUGUUCCUCCUCUUCCUGUGUCGUAGUGUUCCGAUCAUCAUCAUGUCAGACGAUUGGUGGAAGUCUCUGCUGACGAGUUGCUGCGGCGGCGCCACCUCAGCGCGACCGGGGAAGCUCCGGAGCGGGACGGAUUCGUGGGAGGACAGCAGCAUUAGUACCACUAGCGGCGGUUUCUCGGCGGAGGACCUGUCGUUGACCCUCGCCGGCUCGAACCUGCACGCGUUCAGCAUCGAGGAGCUGAGGGCCGCGACGAGGAGCUUCUCGGCGUCGAACUUCCUCGGAUCCGGCGGGUUCGGGCCGGUCUACAGGGGGUUCGUGGACGGCAACAUCCGGCGGGGGCUGCGCCCGCAGGAGGUCGCCGUCAAGUCGCUCGACUUGCACGGCCUGCAAGGCCACCGGGAGUGGCUGGCUGAGGUGAUGAUCCUGGGGCAGUUCAGACAUCCGCAUCUUGUGAAACUCAUCGGCUAUUGCUGCGAAGAUGAUCACAGGAUGCUGGUCUACGAGUACAUGCCGCGUGGAAGCUUAGAAAACCAUCUUUUUAAAGGGCUGCUCGCUUCGUUGACAUGGGAAAGAAGGUUGAAGAUAGCAGUGGGGGCCGCCAAAGGCCUGGCCUUCCUGCACGAUGCUGAGAAACCCGUCAUCUACAGGGACAUCAAAGCAUCCAACAUUUUAAUUGACUCGGAUUACACGGCGAAGCUGUCGGAUUUCGGGCUGGCGAAGGAUGGUCCGCAAGGCGAUGAGUCUCACGUGAGCACGCGCGUGAUGGGCACGCACGGCUACGCCGCGCCGGAGUACGUGUUAACUGGCCACCUCACUGCUAAGAGCGACGUGUACAGCUUUGGCGUGGUGCUGCUGGAGCUGCUAGCCGGGAGACGCUGCGUGGAUCAGAACCGGCCGAAUCGGCAGGUGAAUCUGGUGGAUUGGGCCAAACCGUACCUCACCAGGCCUGACAAGUUAGGCCGAGUUAUGGAUCCGAGCCUCGAUGGAGACUACUCCACCAAAGGGGCCCAGAAAGCCGCGGCGAUAGCUUAUCAGUGUCUCGACAAUAAGCCCAAAUUCAGGCCCGACAUGAGAGUUGUGGUGGAGACGUUGGAGCCGCUCUUGAAUCUAAAUGACUUGCUCUUGGGUCCCUUUGUCUACGUGGCGCCAAUAGAUGACGAGAAAGAGAAUGAGAUGGACGAUAAGCGUGUUUAUGACCGCGAUCAAAGACACAAGAAACAAUUUCCAAACUCGAUGAUUCAUUCCGAUACCUUGAUGCAUAGAGAUGGCAAUACUUUGUACCGCUUUUCGCCUAUGUAUCGGUCUUCGUCACGGCAAAUCCAGGAACGCGGAACUUGAUUUGGUCGAUCGGAUGGCCGUUCCAAAUCUGUACAGAUUAUAGAUGAGGCACAUUUGAUACUGUGUGAGAUUGUAAAGGAAUCCUUGAAAUUUUGAUAUAUGUUUUCGUUUG